AUGAAAAUCCUCUUUAUCGGCGCGUCAGGUUCCAUCGGAGGCGAAGCUCUUCGUCAAUGUCUAGCUCAUCCACAAGUCACUUCGAUCGUGUGCUUUGUGCGGCGUCCGCUCCCAUCGGACGUCUCAGAUAAUCCAAAACUUCAAUCUGUCAUGAUCAAGGACUUUUCUGUCUGGCCAGAAGAGGUCCUGCUCCCUCACGUUGACGCUGCUGCCAUGAUCUGGUACGUCUCUUCUGUUGCCAUGGGUUCAUACCGAGGAAACGUAAGAGUAGAUAUGGAGUACCCUCUUGCUUUUCAAUCUGCAUUUGCGCCUCUUCUAGAGAAGCAACCGAAAAGACCGCGAUUCCGCUUCAUCCACCUCAGCGGCAAAUUUGUCAUUCAAGACCAAGAUGCAAAGCUAUGGGUCAAUGACUAUCCUCGUAAACUGAAGGGUUUAUGUGAAGUCCGGUCCAGAGAAUUGGCAGAAGAACACGCAUCUGUCUGGCGAGCCUUGGUGCUUCGACCAGGCGGCGUGGUUACGCAAAAGAUGAUGAUUCCAGGUCUGAUUGCAAGGGCAAUACUAGGCAAUGAUUGGGUAGUGUUGAAUCCAGAGCUGGGUGCGUAUUUUACGUAUUUGGCUAUUAGUGAAGAGAGUGAGCCUGAGGGAACAUUCUUGAUUGAGAAUAGGCGUAUUGUUGAGGGCGGAAGGAAGUUUUUGAAACGUCAGGCAUCGAGUUAG